GCCCUAUAUCCUCAAGAUAUUUCAAGGCUGCACCCAGAAUACACACAUAAUGCAGUGUGAAGGCUGCGCCACGUUAUAACACCGUCGAGCAGCUUCAUAAACGGCCCCACGCCCCAAGUUGGUUCUAUCAAACGUAUUCGGCGACAUCAGCAGAACCAUCCUGCAUACAUGUCAAUACUGCGCUGGCACGAGACGCGGCUUGCGAAAGCAAGGGGACAUUCGUGAACCAGAUCCAAUAACCAUUAUGCCCGCCAAUGAUGCGGCCAAAUGCUGUGUGUACCCAGGCUACCUGACCACCGUCUGCAGGGAUGGCAGUUCCAAGCUCUGCAGUCAUCAGCGACAAGGGCAAUGCAUAGCACAGUGCACCAACAAGCACAGCAAUAUUCAUUACGAGAGGAGGGGCUGCAGCAAUGAGCUCUUCGUUGCCGUAGAUCCCACCCGACACCCAAAAAAAACCGAUGCUAACAAGAGACAAUACACCGAGUGGCUUCGACCGCAACUCGGUCGACCCAUCGACGGAGUCUUCUUGCUGCGGCAUCCAGCGCUGCGUAAAACUAUACAGACCUCGGAAGUUUGAUCGACAGGCCCGGAGGGCAUGAGCCCAAACAGUCU